AGCAUCAUCUUGGAGGGCAUGGAGGACUUCCACUCCAAGACCUGCCUCAGGUUUGUUCCGCUGACCGACGAGGACAACUACGUCGAGAUCGUCUCUCACGAAGAUGAUCAGUGAGUCACCUCCCGGCAAGCAAACGUUAAGUCUGCCCUGCACGUCCCCAGCACACAUCCCCGGGCAACCCUCCCCUCUCCCCCCGCACGUUCCCUCCAGUGAUUUGUUUCCCCCAGGUGCUGGGCUUCCGUGGGCAUGGUGGGCGGGAAGCAGCAGCUCAACCUGGGGGUGCGUGGCUGCUUACUCGUGGGCGUUGUCGUCCACGAGCUGAUGCACGUCGUCGGCUUCUUCCACGAGCAAUGCCGCAAGGACCGGGACGACUACGUCACCAUACUCUGGGACAACAUCAUCCCAGGCAGGCAAACACUCCUUACCUUGAAGCCUUGAAGCAGGACUGUGCUGACGCAGCUGACAAUAUUGGUGAAUUUAUAAUUAUGUUGAGUAAGAAAUUACAUGCCUGUCUUUUCAUGCCUAUUGCAGAGGGAAACUACAACUUCAACAUCCACUAUAAUUCGCUGGAUAUGGGCGAGCCCUACGAUUACGACAGCGUCAUGCACUACGCAGGAAACGCAUUCUCUAAGGAUCCUAAGACCCUGAAGACCAUCGUGCCCAAGGACCCGGACGUGGUGCUGGACGGUGCCAGGGAGCUCCAGCCGAGCGACGCCCGCCAGGUCAAUAAGCUCUACGCCUGCGAGGGUGUGCGCCGCCGCCAGGGCUAGGACAACUUUACUGUCUCCACAGUACAUGCAUGACACUGCGGUUCAUUUUGUAUUUCACUGCUGACUGAGAGGAAUAGCGACGGAACUGUAUGAUUUCAUCAUAGACGAGAUGGCUUGCAGGAUGGAAACGGGUUUGUCACGUUGGUAGUGUUGAGCUUUCACAGUAAAGGAACUGCUUACUGUCAUGAUCCAAGGGACAAGACAAGAGUGGAUCAUUUGAUACAGUGUACAGUGACUUGCUCCUUCCCUCUGGCUAACAGAUAACAGACCUUGAGGCAAACAGGCCUUACUCCACACUAGCCCACUCGAUCGCUGUCACAAGAUAUCGAUGAUUAUAUGAGU